CGUCCAAUCGUAGCUUACUGGUAUAGAAUUUGUAGGCGAGUUCGUGGUCAUUAUACAAAUAAACAUCUGUCUUUCGUGUUUAUUUUGUCGUCUUCGGUUUAAGAUUGAAAAUUUGGAUCCACGUUAUUAUGAGUAUGUCGUGUAAAGAACUUUAUGUGUCUUGUGCUGGAGUCCCACGCUGAUGAGCUGAGUCCUGUCAGGAAGUUAGCAGUGUGUUAGCUAUAUGGGAAAAACAUUGGCCGGUCUGGGCUGGUCCCUUUGUCUGAGUGGAGAGGCAGCGCGUGCUCUUUUGUUUGGGCAGCCUUACUUCGACUGUCUGUUUUGUAAAGAAUCGAUUUGAAAUGCAGCACAAGAAGAAAUGUUUUAUGGACUGUUUGAUUCAACUUACGAUUCUUCUUAGUUUUAUAGGCGUUCGAGUGGACGUCAAUUCCUAUUUGAACAGCCCGUUCCACUCACCGUUAAUAGAGAUCAACGCAGGGCAAAUUUCUACUUUCGUGCAGACACCGUUUCACUAUUACCGGGACAUCGCGGCCGGUCAUCACGUGUACCCCAAAUGCACCGAAUUGGAAGAUUACUUUACAAGCCGGAGACUUCUCAAUCAAGUGCGCGCGCUCGGCUCGCCGGUUCGUUUCCCCACGCGACUCAGUGCAUGGCUCUUGCACCUGGUACCUAACGGCGUGGAACCGGAGGAACCUCCGAACAAUAACGGGUAUGCGGGUGAGGAGGAUUCGACUGAUGAAACCCGUGAAAAUGAAUCCUACAACCAUCCCGAGACAAUUGUAACACAAACAGAAGAUGAAAUUGUGAAAGACAAUGAGGAAGGAAUCAGUCUUGAUUCUGCAACCCAACUAAUUCAAAGCUCAGUACUAGAACAAGAGGCUCUGUUAAGCAACAGUGUUCAACACCAGAACGAGGGGGAAAUAGAAGUUCAUCCUCAGUGGCCAGACUUCCUGUCAGAUUUCACUGAUUUUGAGUCUUUCAUUGCACAGCAUGUGCCAGACAUGGACCCCAUCAGCUACAAUGCCAGCCUUCACGAUGCCAUGGUUAACAGUGGUGGUAAUUGCAGACCAGACCCACUUAGUAGUGGAACGUAUGCCACUCUGUUUAGCCUAGAAUCAAUUAACACAUCCAAUAGAGAGACACCUAGAACAGCUGUUGGUGCUCUGGCUUUACCUCCUUUCUCCUCAUUAGGGAAUAGCUUUCAUGGAACCUCACACUCCACUGUGGGUGGGUAUUUGGAUGAGGCUGUGUUUGAACAGAUAAAUUUGUUGGGUCUGGAGGGCCUGGCUGGUGUGGAAGGACAGGUACUAAAUCCAUGGCUGGAGGACUUGGACUCUGACUCUGGCCUGUCACUGGAGACCAAUUCCAGAAGCCCUGCCUCAGCCUCCAUGUCCUCUUCUGAGUCGUUUUGUGAUGGUGGAGCCAUGGGCUACAGUAGUGAAGUAGAGUCCCUUUUAUGUUAUGGUGCAGCUUGUGCAUCAUCAUGUUAUGAUUGGCCACAAGUAAUCCUUAACAACAAAAUCUGGCAUGACCACAAUUAUUCGGCCCAGUCACCUGAUGACCGUAACCCACAAAGCUGGAGUCAAUCUCCUAAAAUUAUAAAACAGGAAGUAAUGAGUGAGGAUGAAACUGGACUGGAGGAACCAAGCCGGGAUGAACAGCGUCUGCAGGCUCUGGGUCUUCCAUUUUCUGCCCCUGAAAUAGUUAACAUGCCAGUGGAACACUUCCUGGAGCUGCUGGAUGGGAGAAGUCUGUCUACAUCAGAAGUCACACUACUGCGGGAUGUACGCAGACGUGGGAAAAACAAAUUAGCUGCACAAAACUGCAGAAAAAGGAAGUUGCAUGCAAUCUUGGGCCUGCAGGCAGAGGUGGAGAGACUUGUUACUCAGCGUGAUGCCCUUCUGCAUGAGAGAACAUGUACCACCAAGGCUCUGUCAGCUACAGCUGAGUGUUACAAAAAGCUCUCUCAUGCUGUACUGAGCCAGCUAAGGGACGAACAUGGACAGACCCUCAGCCCAGAGCAAUACACACUUGACUGUGGCACAAACGAGCAUGUAGUGGUCCGACCUCGAACAAAUGCUGUGAGAAUGACCUCAACAAGGUCCAAAACAACAAAAAGGAAGAAGGAUAAAAAACGUUAAGACCAUUUUGAUUUAUAUUGAGUUUUGUAUAUGUGUGUUUUUCCUGAAGGGCUACUUGGUCUAGGGCCGCUGAAGUUUCCUAUUUUAAAUAUUUAAAUAAGACAUGAUGUUUAACAACACUAUAAUGGACUAAAGACAUUUUGCUAAAAGAUGUGUAGCAAAACCACUGGAUAUGUAUAAAAGUAGUUUAAAAGAAUAGGGACACACUUUAUCAUCAGCAGCCAGUGUUGAAAGGUGUUUAUCAACAGCUCAACUCAACAGCUUUUUACGCAAUUGCUAUGCUGGUUAUGGAGUUGUUUUAAAGUUUUCAAGCACAUGAUGGUUCCACUAUGGCCUUAAUUAGACCAUUUAUUUGGUGUCAGUACAUUUGUGUCGAUCUUAUUUGGCAUUUUACUGAAUUUUGCAUUUAUGUUAAUGUUUUUGUUCAUUUUAAGUAUACAAAUAUGUGAGGUUUUGAAAUGACAUUUUAUAUGUAAAAUAUUUCAUAAUCGAAAUUUAAAUUUCAGAAUUAUUGGCAUGCUCAAAAAGUGAGCAAAAUUUAAUUUUGUGUAAUGUUUAAUUUAUACAGUGUCCACUGUCUUGUUUGAUUUUCUAAAGAAUAUACAUUUUUGAGAUAUAAUAAACAAAGCCAAAAUGAACAACCCUAAAGAAUAUCAUAAAACAAACAAAUAGUUUUUACUGGAAAAUCUAUACAGCAUUUUCAUUCAUUGCAUAUGUAUUGCAAAAACAUAUUUUGUGUGGUAUUAUUUAUUUUUUUUUCCCAUUUUGCUGUUACAUUCAUGAAGUGCACUGUACCUUCUAAUAUGGCUGUUGAAUUGUUUACAUACACUACCGCUCAAAAGUUUGGGAUCACUUGCAUAUUCAGCUUGAUUUCAGCUACGGAGAAGACUCCAUCAGCCAAUCCAUCUUGUAGAAGAUGCUCCAGGAAGCAUGGGGUGAAAUCUCAUCAGAUUAUCUUGAAAAAUUAACAGCUAGAAUGCCCAGGCUGUAAUUGCUGCAAAAGGUUUUUUUUUUUUUUGAUGAAGGAAAACAUUCAUUUCCAUCAAAAUCAUUAUUUCUAACUCUGACAUGUUUUCACAAUUCAUACAAUUUCGUGUGUGUUUCCUUGGAAAACAAUACAAUGUUUGAGUGAUCCCAAACUUUUGAGCGGUGCUGUAUGCUAUGCCAGAUUUAAAGUUCAGAACUGAGGAAACUAUUAUAUGGAAUAGAAGUUUUUUACAUUUUUUCUGUAUUAACGAUUGAGCCGUCCCUUCCUUACUUAGCAUGUCUUUUGUCACUUGACACCAUUUUUAAUUAAAGAAUACUGGUGAGUUAGUGCAAAAUCAGGAGAUGGAAGGGAGAAAGUGGUAGGGAAAAUUCAGGACCAGGAAACUGUCUUUGGGGAAAUUGGCACUUGUUUUUACAGGGCAGGGUAGGGUAUGGACUAAAGAGGGAAGAACGUGUGUGAGUGUGAAAUGGGUUGGGAUAGGUAUGCCUGCACCCAGAUACACCUCUGCCUGCUGGAUUUGCAUUGUCUAGUUAUACUUGUGGAACACUGGACCCAUUUCACUGUCUCCUUGGGUAGUCAGGCAAUGAACUGCUCUAGCAACACUUGAUCAAAUAUGUCCUUGCCACCCUCCACUACUAACAGCUCUUUGGAAAGAUGUCUCGGAGCUCUUGGGUGAAUGCAGAUGGCUAAGCUCACUGGGUGCCAGCAGGUGGAAAUGCUGGCAGUGCUGUACAGGGGUGUGGCUAAAUCAUUGCUAUUUGCUAAUCGUCAUGCGCUGGAUGGACCAAUCAGUGGCUGCUCUGCAGGGCACUCUAGAUGACACAGACUGGCACAUGUUCAGGUGCAGCUAUGACGACAUCAACGUGUUUACGAAAGCAGUUGUGGGAUUUAAAAAAAAACCCAUCAGAAUGUUUUCCAACCAGACGCCGUGGGUUCUGAUUAGAAACAGAAGCAGUAUAAAUUCUCACAGAAAUGUCAUUACAUAAACAAAUUAUCUAAACAGGGAAAAUGAUCGAUUGAAACCUAAUGAGCGCUAAUAAUAGGACUUGAGUUAGUAAAAUCUCUUUCUCAGGUCACACAUGCUGUGUGUUUUUAAAAUCUAUGGAAAAGCUCAUUUUUAUUAAAAAAAAUUUAACAACAAGUAUGAAUCAGCCUUUAAGUAAAAACCUUGCAGUUCAUUAAUUGUGCUGGUGCUUGGCAUUCAGUAUAACUUUAAUGAUUGUGUGAGGAGCCCAGUGAAGGGGGUCUCGCUUUCUUUCUCUCUCUCACACAUUUUGUGUAACACAUGUCUGUGUACAAGUUAACAUGUCUCUAACAGGAUAGAAAAGAAUGCAUUUUUUCUUUUUGUCCCAAUCCUGAAUAAUUUAGGCACAAAUGCAAUCCAAAUUUGUGUCCCUUUCCAGUGAGACUAGUAUUCACAUUUCUACAUUUUUCCUGCUUUCACCUCUUGCUGUAGGUCUUUCCCCAUUUGAGACCAUACAACCUGAUAAAAAAUUUUGGUCCACUGACAUUCUAAUCUGGUUUUCUGUCUUGGGGAGUAUGUACUCAUUGUAGUACAUGGUACUGUUACAGUACUUGUUGAUUUGCAGACUCUGGGAAUGACUAAUUAUCAAAAUUAUGAUCUGAUGUCCCAUGAAUAAAACUCUGGUCUGUAAUUUCAAAUAAACAAGCAAAUUGAGGUAUUUGUGGGGGAUGUUGAACAGCAAACAUUCAUUUCUAAGCUUUUCACCUUUCUGGAUUUUAUAAUUCAAAACAUUUUUAAAAGUGUUGGAUGCACCAACUAGACAUUCCAGACCUCUUUACUGUCUCAGUGAUAUCUAGUCCAGGAAAUUCAAAACCUGCUUUUUAAAAAUUAUAUCCUGUUUUGAAAGGCCUAUUUCAAUAAGUCCUUGAUUUUCUGUAAAUAAUCUACUUGAGAAAAAAGUCCUUACCUUACUGUCACCCAGCACAGACAACUGAUGUAAGGAAAACCUCAUCAAGUCACUUGGGGAUCCCUCUUGUAAAUAUAAAAAUGACUUGCAAUGUUGUGGAAUGUCUUGCUAUUCAAAAAUCAAUAAAAUUUCUAAAAACAAUGGUUGUAGGAUGCCAAAAAAAUCAGACUUUAUUGAAACACAGAUGAUCUUCACAGAUGUGGACCAGCAUCUUACACAGUUUUAAAAUGACACCCUUUUUUGGUCGCACCUUAUCCUCUUCCCACAAUUAUUUUCCCAUGUUCUUAUCUUAUUGUUGUCUGUGGUGAGAGCUCAGUACAACUAAAUUUUGUUUCAACCUUGUCAAACUCAGUCAUACAUGAUGAUUUUAUAGUCUACUAGUCACAGCAUUACUUCAUUAGGUUUUGGACACCUGCUUAUCACUUUCUUUUGAUUGUUCUUCUGCACAAAACCUCUUUCAUACUCAAUUUUCAAGGUCAUUGUUGGGCCUUUCUAUAUUUAAAUCAAGUUCUAUAAUAGACAUCACAUAACUGAUUAGAAACACAUUAGUAUUAUAUAAGCUUUAUUGAGAAACAACAAAACUGAGACAUCUGCAGUUUAUCAACAUUUAUGAACAACAUCCCCUUAUUAGAUUUCUGACACACUCAAACCAACUUAUUGCUCAUGUGGUUGUUUUCUAGCACAACAGUUACAAACCUUUUACAUAGCCAAGCUUGUUAUUGGGUCUAAUUUGAUUGAGAUUUGAUUGUAUUUAAAUCGCCUUCUAUAAUAUGUGUCACAAAACUGAUUCGAAACACAUUAAUAUUUUGAAAGAGCCUCUAGUGGGCCCUGCGCUUACUGCCCGGCACCAUGGAGCUCGAUUGGCAUUUGCCAUUGAACACCAAAAUUGGCACAUUGAGAGAAUUCACCCUUAGCACACGUGACAGAUGUGAAAGGGUCUGGAGAAGCCGUGGAGAAUGUUAUGCUGCCUGUAACAUCAUUCAGCAUGUCCGGUUUGGUGGUGGGUCAGUGAUGGUCUAGGGAGGCAUAUCCUUUGAGGGAUGCACAGACCUCUACAGGCUAGACAAUGGCACCCUGACUACCAUUAGGUAUCGGGAUGAAAUCCUUGGACCCAUUGUCAGACCCUACGCUGGUGCAGUGGGUCCUGGGUUCCUCCUGGUGCACGACAAUGCCCGGCCUCAUGUGGCAAGAGUAUGCAGGCAGUUCUUGGAGGAUGAAGGAAUUGAUACCAUUGAAUGGCCUCCACGCUCGCCUGACCUAAAUCCAAUAGAACACCUCUGGGACAUUAUGUUUCCGUUCAUCCGCCGCCAGGUUGCACCUCAGACUCUCCAGGAGCUCAGAGAUAACCUGGUCCAGAUCUGGGAGGAAAUACCCCAGGACACCAUCGUUCGUCUCAUUAGGAGCAUGCCCUGAUGUUGCACAUGGGAGGCUUAAAAACUAAAAACUACUGAGUACCAUUUUGAGUUGCUGCAAUGAAAUUCCAGGAAAAUAGACUAGCCUGCUGCAUCAGUUUUUCACUUUGAUUUUCGGGGUGUCUUUGAAUUCAGCCCUCUGUAUGUUGAUUAUUUUCUUUUCCAUCAAACGAUGUGGCAUCCUUUCAUUCCUAACACAUUACCCAGUCCAUAUCAGUAUACAUAUCUAGCACGAUAUUUUUCCCCAUUGAGAUCUGAUGUGUUUUCAAAAUGUUCCUUUCAUUUUUUUUGAUCACUGAAGUUUAAAUCUCAGGGUCAUUUAGGGCUUAAAGCGUGUUGACUAAUUAAACCAGACCGUGUUUGGGGAAGUCUUAAUCGAAAUUCAUUGGCCUUGCGUGAUGACGCAGGGGGCGUGGCCUUGCACUGGCGCGCACGUUUCUAAGCGGGUCACCUCGAUAGUGGAGGAUUCUGCGCGAGCCUGAGUUGUUGAUGAAAAGCUAGAGACAAGUUCCUGACGCCGUUAUUUUUUUGGAGUUUCUUUUUAAU